CCCCCCCCCCCCCCCCCCCCGCCCCCCCCCCCCCCCCCCCCCCCCCCCCCCCCCCCACCCCCACCCCCCCCCCCCCCCCCCCCCCCCCCCCCCCCCCCCCCCCCCCCCCCCCCCCCCCCCCCCCCCCCCCCCCCGCCCCCCCCCCCCCCCCCCCCCCCCCCCCCCCCCCCCCCCCCCCCCCCCCCCCCCCCCCCCCCCCCCCCCCCCCCCCCCCCCCCCCCCCCCCCCCCCCCUCCCCCCCCCCCCCCCCCCCCCCCCCCCCCCCCCCCCCCCCCCCCCCCCCCCCCCCCCCACCCCCCCCCCCCCCCCCCCCCGCCCCCCCCCCCCCCCCCCCCCCCCCCCCCCCCCCCCCCCCCCCCGCCCCCCCCCCCCCCCCCCCCCCCCCCCCCCCCCCGCCCCCCCCCCCCCCCCCCCCCCCCCCCCCCCCCCCCCCCCCCCCCCCCCCCCCCCCCCCCCCCCCUCCACCCCCCCCCCCCGCCCCCCCCCCCCCCCCCCCCCCCCCCCCCCCCCCCCCCCCCCCCCCCCCCCCCCCCCCCCCCCCCCCCCCCCCCCCCCCCCCCCCCCCCCCCCCCCCCCCCCCCCCCACCGCCCCCCCCCCCCCCCCCCCCCCCCCCCCCCCCCCCCCCCCCCCCCCCCCCCCCCCCCCCCCCCCCCCCCCCCCCCCCCCCCCCCCCCCCCACCCCCCCCCCCCCCCCCCCCCCACCCCCCCCCCCCCCCCCCCCCCCCCCCCCCCCCCCCCCCCCCCCCCCCCCCCCCCCACCCCCCCCCCCCCCCCCACCCCCCCCCCCCACCCCCCCCCCCCCCCCCCCCCCCACCCCCCCCCCCCCCCCCCCCCCCCCCCCCCCCCCCCCCCCCCCCCCCCCCCCACCCCCCCCCCCCCCCCCCCCCCCCCCCCCCCCCCCCCCCCCCCCCCCGCCCCCCCCCCCCCCCCCCCCCCCCCCCCCCCCCCUCCCCCCCCCCCCCCCCCCCCCCCCCCCCCCCCCCCCCCCCCCCCCACCCCCCCCCCCCCCCCCCCCCCCCCCCCCCCCCCCCCCCCCCCCCCCCCCCCCCCCCCCCCCCCCCCCCCCCCCCCCCCCCCCCCCCCCCCCCCCCCCCCCCCCCCCCCCCCCCCCCCCGCCCCCCCCCCGCCCCCCCCCCCCCCCCCCCCCCCCCCCCCCCCCCCCCCCCCCCCCCCCCCCCCCCCCCCCCCCCCCCCCCCCCCCCCCCCCCCCCCCCCCCCCCCCCCCCCCCCCCCCACCCCCCCCCCCCCCCCCCCCCCCCCCCCCCCCCCCCCCCCCCCCCCCCCCCCCCCCCCCCCCCCCCCCCCCCCCCCCACCGCCCCCCCCCCCCCCCCCCCCCCCCCCCCCCCCCCCCCCCGCCCCCCCCCCCCCCCCCCCCCCCCCCCCCCCCCCCCCCCCCCCCCCCCCCCCCCCCCCCCCCCCCCCCCCCCCCCCCCCCCCCCCCCCCCCCCCCCCCCCUCCCCCCCCCCCCCCCCCCCCCCCCCCCCCCCCCCCCCCACCCCCCCCC